AUGAGCAACGAUCAUCAUUAUCAACUUCAUUCACGUACUGUCAUACCCGUGACGGUAAAUCCAAGCGAUGAUCAACGUUUCAUACGUUUUCGUUCAUCGGAAGGACAAUCAAAUGAUAUUCACGAUCGAAUGAGUACACGUAUGCGCGAUUUUGAAGAAGAAUGUCGCCGAUGGCGAGAGAAAUUUUUCAAUGAACCAAAAACUGAGCCUACUGCAUUUCCAUCAACAUCUUUAGUUAGUUCGAAACCACGAAUGCGCGUUGAUUUUCCUGAUUUUCCCGAGUUUGGUGGUGUUGAUUGGCCAACAUUUCGCGGAUCUGCAUCAGGCUUAGGUUCAACACCGAGUACAUCAGGUCAACGUGCAUUCAUCGAAGAAGAUAACGAUGGGCGAAAAAAAUAUAAAAUUCAAUUCGAUAUUGGUGAAUUUCGUCCUGAAGAACUCAAUGUCAAAAUCGAUGGUCGAAUGUUAAUUGUGAAAGGUGAUCGUCAAGUUAAAGUUGGUAAUGCAACUGAAUCAAAACAAUUUAAUCGUGAAUUAACUUUACCGGAAUUCGUCGAUAUUAAAACGUUACAAUCGUAUUUAUCCGAAGAUGGACAACUUACUAUGGAAGCACCAGUACUUAUGGAUCGUGUUUAUAAUGACUCAGGCCUUUCAGCUAUAACAUCGGGAAGUACAUUUCGUCAAGCUAGUCCAGGUCGAGUUGUCGACACAACAUUCAGUACAGGCCGUCAACCCGCAAAUAUUGGCAUUGGCAAUAAUCAAUCAAGUUCAUUUUCAUCAUCGUCAUCCUCAUUUCGCCAAGAAAAUAAUGGCGGUAAUAGUAGCCUUGGAUCGACUAAUUUUCAUCGUAAUAGUCCAUUACGUGAUCAAUAUUCAUCGACAAGUUCAGCAUCUACCAUUGUCGGUAGUAGUAAUAAUCCAACACCUGUUACAUUUUCAACGAUUACAGCACGACCAGAAUUAUCGACGAUUGACCGAAAUGAUGGAACGAAACUUGUCACAUAUAAAUUUAAUUUAAGUGAAUUUCUACCAGAAGAUAUUGCUAUACAAGUUAAUGAUACUAUGCUAAAAGUGAGUGCCUUAAGACAAGAACGCGAUGGACGCGGAGCAAACCAUCGAGAAUUUAAACGAGAAAUAGGUUUACCUGAUGGAGCUGACGCGAAAAAAUUAACAAAUACGUUAAGUGCUGAUGGUAUUCUAACAAUACAAAUCCCUGUACGUGAUAUUCGUCCGCCAUUAACACCGACACUUCAAACACAACAAUUUAAUUUACCAACUAGUAUCGGUACAAAUGAUUCAUAUUCAGUUGCCGAUCAACAACUAAAACUUACAUUUGACUUAAGCGGUUAUAAACCUGACGAUGUUAGUGUUAAAGUUAAUGAUAAUGUUUUGAAAGUUCAAGCUGUUCAUAUUGAUAAUACACGUGGUAAUCAAAUAAACCGUGAAUAUGUGCGUGAGUAUGUUCUACCAGAAUGGGUUGAUGUGAAUAAUUUACGUGCUAAAAUGAGUGAAGAUUCAACGCUUACUGUUGAAUUACCAAUACCACAUGAUCGUGUACCUGCAUUCAACCGUCAAAUUAAAAUUACGCAAUAG